AUGGUAAGAUUCAUUGAAGAAACCACAAAAAUUGUGGAAAAAGAAAUAGGAAACAAAUCAAACAAUGAUGUAACAACAAAGGCGAAGAAGAAGAAAGUUCUUCAAGAUAUCAACAAUGGAGGAGGAUUAAUCAAUUCAUUGGUUGAUUCCAUGAGAGAUUGUUCUCCUACUCAUCUCAAAUCCUUAAUGAAACAAACCUCUUGGCUCACAGAACAUCCAUCAGCUUUAGAUAUGUUCGAAGAGAUUCUUCAUGUUUCUCAAGGAAAACAAAUCGUUAUGUUCUUGGAUUAUGAUGGUACUUUAUCUCCCAUUGUUGAUGAUCCAGAUCGAGCUUUCAUGUCCAAGAAMAUGAGAAGAACUGUGAGGAAACUAGCAAAUUGUUUUCCCACAGCCAUAGUUAGUGGGAGAUGCAGAGAAAAGGUUUAUAAUUUUGUGAAACUAACUGAGUUGUACUAUGCUGGAAGUCAUGGAAUGGAUAUCAAAGGGCCAGAGCAAGGGUCCCUACAUAUGGAAGAUAGUAAAUCUCUUCUUUGCCAACCAGCUACAGAGUUCCUCCCCAUGAUCGACGAGGUUUACCAAAAGUUAGUAGAGAAAACAAAAUUAACUCCCGGAGCCAGUGUAGAGAACAAUAAAUUUUGUGUCUCUGUUCAUUUCCGUCGUGUCGAUGAAAAUAACUGGAGUGAUUUGGCUAAUCAAGUUCGAUCAGUAAUGAAAGACUACCCUAAGCUUCGUCUUUCUCAAGGAAGAAAAGUUUUGGAAAUCCGUCCCAUCAUUAAAUGGGACAAAGGCAAAGCACUUGAGUUUUUAUUGGAGUCACUUGGAUAUGCUAAUCGUACCGACGUUUUUCCUCUUUAUAUUGGAGAUGAUCACACAGACGAAGAUGCGUUUAAGAUAUUGAGAGAAAGAAGACAAGGUCUUGGUAUUCUUGUGUCCAAAUUUCCAAAGGAGACUAAUGCGUCUUAUUCACUGCAAGAGCCCGAUGAGGUUAUGGAUUUCUUGCAACGUUUAGUGGAAUGGAAACAAUUGAGAUCCGGAGCAUGA